CGCAUGUACUCAGAUACUAAAUUAAUAUAUUAACUCCCCCAUCGUCUCCGCUGUUCCCGGACUGUCCCUUGCCCUGCUCGUUCUUCUCCACCUCUCCCCCAUCCUCCAUCCCAUCCCUCCCUCCUCUACUCUCCUACUCUCCCCUCCCUCUUCCUCUCUUUCUUAUCAACUGCUUAUCAUGCCACUCACCAUCCUCUCUCAAACACAACUCCGCUCUCUCCUCCUGUCGCUCUCGCGCGACCAGAUUAUCGACCUCCAGCAGAACCUUUCCAAUGCUCUGAGGGACUACUCCACCGGUAGCCAAGAAAAGGGCUGUGCGGCCGCCUACCAACCUACGCGCACGGCCAUUACCCGUCAGAAUGGUUGCACCACUCUGUUCAUGCCCGCCAGCACGGGCAACACCCUGGGCAUGAAGAUGAUCUCUUUACAAGAUAACGGUCAGGCCGGCUGCUCCGUCGAUCCUGCUUUAGACUUGUCCUCCACAGCCUCCCGGACGUCCUCCUCCAGCCGAGUCAACCAGCGCAAGUCCAUGUCCUCCAUCUCCUCUGAAGGCAGUGAACAAUCCGUGUCCUCCCAAGAGGACGACGACCAUACCUCCUCAUCUCCCUCCUCCAGCAGCAAAUCCCUGACCCCCGGCUGCGUGAACCAACAACCCAUCGACACCGGUUUGUCCAACACCAUGGGGGCCUGGCCCGCCGCCGGCUCCCGCGAUACCUCCCCGCAAGGGACGGUGACACUGAUCGACGAGACGAGCUUACCCUUUGGACUGAUCAACGCCCACGAACUCACCCCCUUCCGCACUGCCCUGACCGCCACUAUGACCCUCAACAAACGCAAGCGCGUGCGGACCGUGGUGGUAUUCGGAGCGGGCAAGCAGGCAUACUGGCACAUUCGGCUGGCGCUGAUCCUGCGUGGAGAGGGCAUCAAACGAGUGUAUAUUAUCAACCGAUCCUUUGACCGUGCGGCCCAGCUGCUGCGUGAUAUCUACAGCCCCGAAAACGCCAGCUGGCGCGGCGAUGUGAAAUUCUCCGCCGUCAGCACGGACUUUGUCGAGUACGACCGCAUCCUGCACGAUGCGCUGCUCAAGGCAGAUGCAAUCUUCUGCUGCACGCCCUCGACGGAACCGCUAUUCCCUGCACACAUCCUCACGUCGCGCGACGGACGCCGAAAGGGCCGUCUGAUCAGCGCGAUUGGAUCAUACCGGCCGCAUAUGACGGAGCUGCCACCUGAGUUGCUGCGCGACGAGGUGACGGUGCACAGCUCGCAUCGGCAUUUCCACAAGCAUGUGCGACGGAGUGGCGUGGUGGUUGUGGACAGCUUGGAUGCGGCGCUGAAAGAAGCCGGCGAGAUUGUGCAGGCGGGCAUUCGGCCACAUCAGGUGGUGGAAUUGGGAGAGCUGCUGAUUGUUCGGGAUGCGUCGCGCGGGGAGGGCGACAACAGUGAGGAUGGCAAGAGUCUUCGGGACUGGGUGGAGCGCGGCAAUGUGAUCUUCAAGAGCGUGGGGAUGGGCUUGAUGGAUCUGGUGACGGGCGGCGAUCUGGUGCGGCUGGCGCGGGAGAAGGGAGUGGGCACGACACUGGAGGAAUUUUGAUUGCUUUUCUUUCUUUUCAUGUAGUAAUUACUUGAAACUCACGAUGCAGGCACCGGGAAGGAGGUAAUUGCUGGACUAUGAUAUCCAUAUUCAAU